UAGGUCUCUAACAUAUUGACUUUGUCCUUUUUCGUUCAACUUUUCAAGGCAAGAUAAUCUGAUCAAUUGUUGGGAAAAAUUAGCCUUCUUCAUUUUCUCUCUCUAUCCUUCUUGUGUGAUCAGUGUGUGUGAAAAUGUCUAGCAUGUUUACUGCUCUGCUUUCUGCAAGGAGGAGAAGGUUUCAUCAAAGUAGUGGAUUAUUCUUGGAUACUCCUUCAAGUACCUCUGCUACAAAGCAGAGAAGUGCACCAGACCAGGCUUCUUACAGAGAUGAUGAGGAACUAGGUGAAAUUGCCAGUGAAGCCAGGCAAAGAUUGGACAAGAAGCUGAUUGCACAAAGGUUUAACAUUAAUAGACAAAAAAGGCCAAAGAAAGAGUGCAAUUUGCUGAAAAGUGGAUCAAAGAAGUUAAAUUGGGCAAAGCUAAAACCAAAGGCUAAACAACGUAAUUGUGUCAUUUGCUUGGAACCAUUUGAUGGUGGAGGUAACCUAAUGCAAUUGCCUUGUGCCCACAAAUUCCAUUCCAAGUGUUUGGUACCAUGGCUAGAAUCUAAUGCACAUUGUCCAUGUUGUAGAAUGAUUGUUCAAAUUACUCAAUAAAGGAUAAAAGGGAAAAAGGUCCAAAUUUGUACUUAUUAUUAUAUUAUAUGUGAAAUUUCUCAA